AAAUAUGUUGAAACCUGGAGCGGACCUCACACAUCAAUUUAUCUACCACAUAGAUUUUUUAAAUAUUUUUUGAAUUUUUCUAGUAUUUAUUUUGAUUUUUUUAUCGUAUGCACCGAAACGCCGCACUCGCAUAUGGAAGGGGCUUGGGUUAUAUUGGUUCUUGUGCCACAUCAACAGUACAUCCAGUGGCAUCGACAUGACAGCCCCACCACUUGCAUCGAUCUCAUCUCUCCCAUGUUUCCCCUUCUUCUCAACCAUAUCAAACUUAGACCAUAAAAAAGCUGCACUGGCGAAUUGCUUUGCUAGCUGCUCCUCUGCAAGUUCCUGAGUGAAUCGAUUGACGUCUAGCGUUGACCUCACCAAUUCCUCAGCAAGCAGUGGCGCCGGAGCAAAGGUGCGCCGUGUGCGGCACUGCUCUAGCCUCCAGUGUCCAGGCCACAGGGCCGUUGCCGGCGGGGGCGGUGGCAGGAAGGGUAAAGGUAGAACCGUAGAAGAUGGAUCGGUUGAAGAAGAAGGUCAAACAAAAGACAAGCUCGUCUGCCCGAGGGGGGAUGAUCCAGGUCGAACCCAGUGAACUCCGCUUCCCCUUUCUACCAAAUGCGAUGCUGUCUGCUUCGUUCUCAAUUAAGGUUGUCAAUGUCACGGAUAACUACGUCGUUUUUGUUACAAGGCCUAUGGGCGCAGAUGUGGCAAGGUACACAACCUAUCCGGACGGAGGAAUCCUGCCACCAAGGUCCACACAGGAAUUUCUUGUAAGAAGGACAACGAAGAAGUCCGUUGCACAAAGCAUCGAGUGCGAUGACAAGUACAUCGAGUGCGGUGACAAGUACAUUCUUUGCAGCACGAUUGUGAGUGAGAGCUUCAGUAACUCCAAAUAUGCCAGUGAUUUAGAUAAAUUCUACCAUGAUCAUGGGGAUCAAAUCUGGCAUAGAAUAAAGUUGGGCGUUGUUCUUUACCCAACAUAUCAACAAGACUCCCCCGACGGUAUGCCACAUACGGAGUUAAGCUUGCCUGCCCCAGAGGAGCUGAUCCAGGUCCAGCCCAGUGAGAUCCACUUCCCCUUUCUGCCAAAUGUGAUGCUGUCAGCUUCGUCCUUAAUUAAGGUACUAAACAUCACGGAUAACUACGUCGUUUUGGUUUCAAGGACACCGGUUGCAAAUGUAGCAGAGUACGGAACCCGUCGGAAUGCAGGAAUCCUACCACCAAGGUCCACACAGGAAUUUCUUGUCAGAAGGAUAGUGAAGAAGUCCGUUGUGCAGAGCAUCAAGUGCGACGACAAGUACCUUCUUUUCAGCACCACUGUGAGCAAGAGCUUCAUUAACUCGGAACAUUGCGUCGAUUUAAAUAAAUUCUUCGAUAAACAGAGUGGUCAAAUAUGGCAUAUCAGAGAGUUGGCCGUUGUUCUAGAACCAGCAUAUCGAGAAGGGUCCCCCGACGGUAUGCCACAUACUGAGGAGCUGAUCCAGGUCAUUCCCCAUGAGCUCCGCUUUCCGUUUGUUCCAGAUGAGAGUAUAUCAGUUACAUCUUUGAUUAAGGUAGUCAACAUGACAGAUGACUACAUCGCUUUCCAUCCAAGGUAUAAUGUGGCCAAUAUGGCAGAAUACACCAUGACACCUACGGGAGGAAUCCUGCGACCAUGGUCCACACAAGAUAUCGUGGUAACGAGGAAAUCAAGGAAGGGGGUUCUACAGAGCAUUAAAUGCAACGACACGAAUUUUCUGUACAGCACCGUUGUGAGUGAGGAUUUCCAGAGCGACGAUCUUGGAAAAUUCUAUGAUACAGAAGUGGGCGUUAUAUGGCACAAGCUGGAGUUGGGUGUUCUUCUUGAAGAAGACACCCAGUUGCAGCCCUCAGAGUUUCUGACACAUAACGAGACAGAAUCCACACUUGACCCUAUGUCGUUACAACAUCUGAAAGACAUCACAAACAACUUUUCCAAUGAGAGAAUACUUGGUAGAGGUGGUUUCGGUGUGGUAUAUAAGGGAGUGCUAGGAAACGGAAAAAUGGUAGCUGUGAAGAAACUUGUGCAGUCAAUGCCAAGUUCACAACAGCAAUUUGAGAAUGAGGUUAAUCUUCUUAUGAAACUAAAGCACCCAAAUAUAGUGCGACUAGUAGGAUACUGCUAUGAAACACAGCAUUUACGUGGUCAUCAUGAAGGAAAAAUUGUUUUUGCUUGGAACACAGAAUGUUUGCUUUGCUUGGAGUUUCUUCUUAAGGGAAGUCUUGAUAAGUACAUUUCAGAUGCAUCUUCUGGACUUGACUGGCCCACACGCCUCAAAAUAAUUGAGGGAAUUUUCUAUGGUCUACAAUACCUGCACGAGCAAUCCGACGGUCCCAUCAUUCACUUGGACCUAAAACCUGCGAACGUAUUGCUUGAUAAAAAUAUGAUACCAAAACUUACGGACUUUGGUCUAUCAAGAUUAUUUGAUCAGAAACAGACUAUUCACACCGCAAUUAAUAGUGGGACGCUAGGUUAUAUGCCACCAGAAUACUUACGAGGUAUAAUCACACCUAUGUCAGACAUAUUUGCUUUGGGUGUAACUAUCAUGGAGGUAAUAACGGGACACAGGGAGUACCCAUAUGAUAUUAGAACAUCUUCAACGGAAUUCAUUGAGCAUGAACUUCAAAAGUGGAGAAAUGUGCUGCAAAAACAACAGGGGUAUACAUCGCUUGAAAUAGAUUGCCAACAAAUAACAAGAUGCAUUCAAAUAGGUCUAAUCUGUGUGAAUCCUGAGCGGACCAAAAGACCUACAAUGAAGAAAAUUAUAGAUAUGCUUCAAGGUUCGAAAAGUAUGGAUUGGUACAUUAGCAAUGAGUUAUCAAGCCCGAACAUCCAGGUGGAGGCGCCAUAAUUUAGCAAAGGAGAUUUGUCACAACGUCCAUUGCUUCCGUCUUUCAGUUGUUCCACAGCGCUUUGAGCCUCUGUUCAUAGGUGUCCUUUCCAACUGGAGUUUAUGCUCGACGACUGGCUACACCAGCGAAUUUCACAUCACGUCUGAAAUUGUGUUGGUUCCUGGAGAAAUAUGUAUGUAGUGCCAUGGACUCACAUCUGUUUUGUUUUCAUAUUAUUGUUCGGCUCCUUCCUGUGCCGUGUACACCACUAAUAGGCAUUGCAUGAUCCAGCAUGACUUGUGUGUAAACAUUGAUCCUUUUGACUUGA